AUGGUGCAGUUUUCCGGUUACCACAAGAUGUAUGUGUUCUUGUUCAUCUUCUUCCUUGUCUUUCUUCCGGCCACAAGAUGCAUUGCUACUAAUGAUCAUAAGUUUCAUGCAACAACGCAUUAUGCGUUUUACGAGAAUAUGCGGAGGUGGAACCGAACAUCUCCGAUAAAACUAAACUACACUUUUUUACCGGAGCACAUGAUUCAGAAUUUGAGUCUAGCGGAUAUUAGACUUUCGUUCCAACGGGCCUUUGGACGUUGGGCCGCAGUGAUUCUGAUGACAUUUGUAGAGACGAAUGAUGCGAAUCAUGCAGAUAUCAAAAUUGGAUUUUAUUUCGGAGAUCACGGUGACGGAGUUCCUUUUGAUGGGCCAUUGGGACAGGCAGCCCACUCUUCCCCACCAGAAUCUGGGAUACUCCAUCUUGACGGAUCCGAACUAUGGGCCGUUGAUGAAAAUACACUGAAAUUGGAAGGGGCUGUAGAUUUAGAAUCCGUAGCCGUUCAUGAGAUUGGGCACGUUCUAGGGUUGAGACAUUCUACAGUCAAGAAUGCAGUUAUGUUCCCAUAUACGCCAAUCCAGAAGCGAAAAGUGAAUCUUUCCAAAGAUGACGUGGAUGGGAUACAACAAUUAUACGGAGUAAACCCUAAUUUCAAACCUGGUCCUAACUGGGAGAGUUCGAGUUGCAGUAUGUUCAUGGAGACGAGAACUUGUCUUGGUUGGAGCAUGCUAUUGGCUAUUAUGAUGGUUCUUCCUUUUUGA